AAAUAUGUGAAUGCCAUUUAAACGCAGUCUUGGUUUUUGUAAUUAGCUAUGACCGACCGAUUUCCAACCUCAAAAGCGCCUAGCUCAUCUAAGUCAUCAUCUCGCAAUAAUCCCGGAAGCAUCGUUUCUAGUAAAUUUGCGCCUGAUUUUUCAGUAACUUCUUCCAAAGAGUUUUUCCCUACACAAGUUCAAGUGAAGUUGAGUGAUUCAGAAAGUUUUCACGUGUAUUUGCAUUCAUCGCCUGAGAACCAAAUAGCAGGUGAAGCAACCGAGGAGCCCCAGAACAAGACAGCGAAGGGAGCGAGGCCUGUGAUCCCAGGACUGUGCGCGGACCCGAACUCUAUUCUAGUCGUUCUCUGUCUCCAUGGUGCUGGCUUCUCCGGACUCAGCUGGGCGCCCCUGGCAAAACAUCUGGACCUCAGUCUCCUAAACACCCACUUAGUCGCCAUCGAUCUCCGGGGUCACGGACGGAGCGAAGCGUGGAACGUCUCAGCCGAACACGACCUCUCAUUCGAACGUCUAGCUUCUGACGUAUGUGAUGUAUACAAUGCUCUAUCGAGGGAGAAAUACGUGCCAUCAAAUAUGGAAGGGGAGGAUGGGAGAAUCAGUAAUAAAGUGAAACUGUUUGUGGUGGGGCACUCGAUGGGAGGGGCUCUGGCGGCGUACAUUGGAGCUAACUGCAGAGACAGACUGGCUAAUAUAGCGGCCACUUGUGUCAUCGAUGUAGUAGAAGGAUCGGCAAUGAAUGCGCUGAGUGGCAUGAAGAGUGUGUUGCAAUCGAGACCGAAGUCUUUCUCUUCCUCUCAACAGGCGGUCGAGUGGGCUGUCAGGAGUGGCUACAUCAAGAGAAGAGAAUCCGCCAAAAUAUCCAUGAUCGGACAAAUCACCAAGAGCACGAGAAGAGUUGAACAGAAGUCAACAGCAACAUUCGGGUCUCUCCAGGAAGUGGAAAACGAUGAUGAUGUCGACCAAAACUACAUCGAGCCACCAAGCGAGACCAAUCAUAAUAUUCCAAUAACUACAGAAGACAAGCAGCCUAAUCAAAACGAAGCUGCGUUGACACCAGAACAUCUCAAAACUGAUGAUGGAUUUUACCCUAAAUGUGUCUUAAUUGACGUUGACAAGCAGGAAUCUAGUCGCGACGAUAAUUGUUCGUAUUCGUGGAGAAUUGAUCUCUUCAAAACUGAAAAAUUCUGGACCAGUUGGUUUGUAGGACUGACCGAGAACUACUUAAGUUUCCCCGGACCGAAGUUGCUAAUUCUUGCAGGAGUCGAUCGACUGGACAAAGAGCUAACAGUUGCCCAAAUGCAGGGCAAAUUCCAGAUGUUGGUUUUACCCAAAGCUGGCCAUGCCGUGCAUGAAGAUGUCCCAGAUUUGGUAGCAGAUGCUCUGGCUACUUUUGUCCAGAGAAAUAAAUUAGCACCGACAGUCGAAAGCGGAUUCUCAAGAACAAAUGCGGGUUGCUGAUGUACUUUCAAAUUGACUGUUGACUCAAAACUACUCUUCGUGAAAUUAAAUAUUAAAAUAA